AUGAGAUUGACCCUGCUGGGAUCACUGAAUCUUCUUCCAUAUCUUCUCAAUCCCAUCGCUGAAUGCCUUCGACUGAGACCUAUCUGCUUCAUUCCCGAGUUUCACUUCACUUGGACACUGCCAAAGAGGACCAAAGGGAAGAAGGUGGUCUACGAUCAGCUGCUUUUGCUUUCAAGUCCAGUUGAUCCAGUUCCACAUCCAGCAAGGAAGACAAGCAAAGGCAUACAUCCCAAAAAACCCACAAGUGGGAAGAAGACAGGUGGGAGCAAGCGGAGCGAGAGCAAAGCAAGCCCUAGUGAAUCUUCAUGUUCUCGAAAGUGGAGUGAACUAUCUUUUCGAGCCGGAAACGGGAUUCCGCGUCAGUGCGAUGUAAACGAGUCUGACCCCUCAGCUCUUCCACCUUGCUUUCCUGAUUCCGAUUAG